GGCUCCUUUCUCCUGUUCUCUCCCCACUCUCCUUUUGUCUUUUGAUCAAGAAGAAGAUGGGAAGAAAUCUGGGUUUGUUGCUGGGCUUGUUUAGCCUCCUUGUUGGAUUAGCAGUAGCAGACUGGAACAUCUUGAACCAGAAUACAGGGAAGAACAAGAAUGAGCUGAAUUUAACCCACAAGAACUACUACUGUGAAACUUGGAGGAUUGAUGUGGAACUCCACAACAUCCUUAACUUUGAGGUUGUCCCAGAAGAAUGCAUCAAAUACAUCGGCAAGUACAUGAGAUCUGACCGGUACAAGAUUGAUUCCAAGAAGAGGAUUGAGGAAUGCAACUGCUAUCUCUACAACACCUUCAGCUUGACAGGUGAUGGCAAGGAUGCCUGGAUUUUCGACAUUGACGAUACCCUCCUCUCCAAUGUUCCUUACUUCAAGAAACACUGUUACGGAGGGGAGAAGUUAAACAUAACCUCUUUUGAAGAAUGGGUGUGCGAGAGAAAGGCUCCAGCUCUUCAGCACACAUUGCACCUCUUCAGAAAAAUAAAAAGGAAAGGGAUUAAGAUUUUCUUAAUCUCUUCAAGGGGAGAGCACCUCAGGGACGCCACAAUUGACAACCUAAUUAAGGUUGGUUAUUGUGGGUGGUCUGGUCUCAUACUAAGGAGUUAUGAGGACACCUGCAAGACAGUGCUACAGUACAAUGUGGAACAGAGGGAUCUGCUGAUCCGUAAAGGCUAUCGUAUAUGGGGAAUUGUUGGAUCACAAUGGAGCAGUCUCUUGGAACUUCCUAGCGCCAUGAGAACAUUUAAGCUUCCCAAUCCCUUAUACUAUGAUCCCUGA